UCCAUAGGGCCCUGCGCAGGACCCGCGUGCGCGAAUUCAGUAAUUUUCUUCCUCUGUGGAGGGAAGUGAAAUCACAUGGAUGUUGGUGAGUACCCCAUGGCAGCUGUUACUUCAUGUGGUUCGUUCGGAGUGAACUAUAACUUGGAAGCCUCCUUUAGAAUGAAGAGGAACAGUGUAUCUGUUGUGAAUAAAAUUGUCCAGUCUUCACCAGCAGUGAAACAACCAAAAGUUGGGUUCUACUCUUCUCUCAGCCACACCCACAUGCACACUGUUCUUCUAGACUGGGGGAGUUUGCCUCACCACGUAGUAUUACGCAUUUUUCAGUAUCUUCCUUUAAUAGAUCGGGCCCGGGCAUCUUCAGUAUGUAGGAAAUGGAAUGAAGUUUUUCAUAUUCCUGACCUUUGGAGAAAGUUUGAAUUUGAACUGAACCAAUCAGCAACUUCAUAUUUUAAGUCUACACAUCCUGAUCUCAUUCAGCAGAUCAUUAAAAAGCAUGCUACCCAUCUCCAGUAUGUCAGCUUGAAGGUUGACAGUAGUACUGAAUCAGCAGAAGCUGCCUGUGAUAUACUUUCUCAGCUGGUAAACUGCUCUCUCCAGACCUUGGGCUUGAUUUCGACAGCCAAACCAAGUUUUAUGAAUGUGUCAAAGUCUCAUUUUGUGUCAGCACUUACAGUUGUUUUUGUCAACUCAAAAUCAUUAUCAUCGGUCAAAAUUGAAGAUACACCAGUGGAUGAUCCUUCACUGAAGAUUCUCGUGGCCAAUAAUAGUGACACUCUAAGACUCCUAAAAAUGAGUAGCUGUCCUCAUGUUUCAUCUGAUGGAAUCCUUUGUAUAGCUGACCAUUGUCAAGGCCUUAGAGAAUUGGCAUUGAAUUAUUACAUUCUAAGUGAUGAACUUCUCCUAGCCCUUUCAAGUGAAACUCAUGUUCGCCUUGAACAUCUUCGAAUUGAUGUUGUGAGUGAAAAUCCUGGACAGGUUGAAUUUCACACUAUUAAAAAACAAAGUUGGGAUGCACUUAUUAAACACUCCCCUGGAGUUAAUGUUGUUAUGUAUUUCUUUUUAUAUGAAGAAGAAUUUGAGGCAUUCUUCAGAGAAGAAACCCCUGUUACUAACCUUUAUUUUGGUCGUUCGGUAAGCAAAGCAGCUCUAGGCCGGAUAGGUCUUAACUGUCCACGACUAAUUGAGUUAGUGGUAUGUGCUAAUGGUCUUCAGACUCUUGACGAUGAACUUAUUUGCAUUGCUGAAUGCUGUAAAAACUUAACAGCCUUGGGCCUCAGUGAAUGUGAAGUGAGUUGCAGUGCAUUCAUUGAUUUUGUAAGACGGUGUGGGAAAAGGCUGACCCACCUCUCCAUAAUGGAAGACGUUUUGAUCCCUGAUGGUAAUUAUAACCUAGAUGAAAUUCACACUGAAGUCUCCAAAUACUUGGGAAGAAUAUGGUUCCCUGAUGUCCUGCCUAUCUGGUAAUUAGCUACCAAAGAUUCUUAAUUUUUUUUUCUAUUGGUAAGAUAAGCUUCUUUCUGUCUAUGCAAAUGUAAAUUUUAAGAUGCAUUGUUGAAAUAUUUUAGGUAAGGUAUAUUAACAUUUGCAAACUGUCUUAAUGGAUUGCAGCAAAAACAUUUGAAAAAAAAGUAGGAGAAAUUUUAAGAGCGAGAAAUAUCCAUAAACAGGGCUUAGAUCCUGUAUUGUGGAUUAGGUAGCUGAUAUGCUAAACGCUAUCAGUGGUUUGUAGAUGAGUUCCUCAGCCUUCCUCGAAGGGAUAUUUUAGCUUGCUAAAUAAAUUUAUAAUAUUGAGCUUCGGAUCCCUAAAUUAUGAUGUUUAUAACUUUAUAUUGCUUUAAUUACUUCUCUUUUAUCUUGGUAUUAGUGUGUUUUACAAGAUAUGUAGUAUUAAAAACUAAGAGUAAAAUAAAAGUAUAGUUACAGAGGCUGACUUAAUUGUACUUAAUUUUUAGUACUAUAUAAGAUCAUAUUAUAAUUCAGUAAACGAUUUCUAAUUUCUAAUACACUUUGAAUUCUUUAUUACAUUAGCUUGAGAGAAA